AUGCAGACAUACUCUGUAGAUAUCUUCCACUCGUUCAAUGGCGCAAACGACCAGAAAAGUAUAAAGCCUUAUCUUCUUCUUCCUCCUUUCUCCAUCGUCCCUUGGCCGUUUGGUGCCACUCUAAUGGCUUCCACUCAUAUUCCCUCCCUCUCAUCCCUGAUCCCUCUUCUUCAAUCCAACCGUUUCUGCAGCAAACCACCAUUAGCAGUCUUCACCCUGAUCACACAAAAGAGUCGAAACCCACCAGCAAUCAGACCCAUAAACUGCAGCAGCACCACCAACGGCGCCGCAGCAAACUCAGAGCUCAACGAGACCUCCCUCGACAACGCAACCACAACAGCCAACGGCUCGCUCCCGGAACCCGCACUUCCCUUCUCCACGACACUAAACAACAGCAACUUCCCCAUCGAGAAGCGGCGGAGGUCGGAGAUCCUCAGGGAGAGAAGGAAGAGCCAGAGCGAUCUGCUGAAGCCGGACGGGCCGCCCCCGAACUACGAGGUCGGAUGGAGGAGGACGAAAGAGAUCAAGGUGGAGAAACCAGUAGGGUACAUGAUAAUGGAUUUCCUGGAGAAGCUGGAAGGGCUAAUGGAGAGGGAGUUCGGCUCCACUCAGCUGCUGGCCAAGGUCGGGGAGAUAGUGGCAGAGAGGGCAAGGGAAGAGGCCGAGUUGCUCAAGGAUGAAGGCAAAGUGGAAGAGAGGAUGGUCACUGAGCUGUUCAGAGUUUUGAGGCUGAUGGAGAUGGAUUUGGCCAUGGUGAAAGCUGCUGUGAAGGAGGAGACUCUGGAGGAGAGGCUGGAGCAGGCUAAAGCUAGGUGCAGGCAGGCUAUUCUUGUUGCCAAUUCCUUUUGA